AUGAUAGCAAAUUUAUUCUCAACUUUUGAUCCAGCAACAAGCAUAAAAAUAUCACUAAAUUGAUCAAGAACAUUUAUUGGAUUAAUAAUUUUACCAUCAAUAUAUUGAAUAUUGCCUAAUCGAUUAUCAAGAAUUAACCAAAAACUAUGUAAUAUUUUGUAUAGAGAAUUUAAAAUAUUAUUAGGGAUAAAAUCAAGUGGAAUUAGAUUAAUAAUUAUUAGAUUAUUUAUAUUUAUUUUAUAUAAUAAUAUAAUAGGAUUAUUACCCUAUAUCUUCACGAGAAGAAGACAUAUAGUAUUCACAUUAACUUUAGCAUUACCUAUAUGAUUAAGAUUAAUAAUAUUUGGAUGAAUAAACAAAUCUCAAGAAAUAUUUGCACAUUUAAUCCCAAGAGGAACACCAGCCCCUCUUAUACCAUUUAUAGUAAUAAUUGAAACUAUUAGAAAUCUAAUCCGACCUGGAUCACUUGCUGUGCGAUUAACAGCAAAUAUAAUUGCUGGACACUUAUUGAUAAGUCUGUUAGGAAACAACAUAACAAACUCAAGAGCAAUAAUCAUACCAUUUAUUUUAUUAAUCCAAUUUGGGUUAAUAAUUUUCGAAACAGCAGUAUCAAUUAUUCAAGCAUAUGUAUUUUCAGUAUUGACAACACUAUACUCUAGAGAAGUAAAUUAUGAGAAAACAUAA